AUGCGCAUGGAGGAACUCUGUCAAUGCAACAACUCAUCACACGACUUCAUGACAUUACAGACCGUUAUUUCAGAGCAGAUCUUCCACCAAGGCCACCUGAAGCGCCACAUGAAAAUCCACUCGAAUGAUGAUUCUUUUUUUUUAGCUAGAUCCCUGAGUGCCAACACGGCUUCUCGCGCAAAGACAACCUCACUGCUCACUACCAAAAGACACAAACUAGGAAAGGUGAUUCGCUAUUGCCAUGUUCCCAGUCUCGAUGAGAGCAGCUCUGUAUUCAAUCCGCAAUUCCGUGGCCAGCUGGCGCCGGACGGAAGUCUGCUCUAUACUGGACAGGCCAGAAUAUCGGGUUGGAAUCAGAAAGAGAGGUAUUGGUGUUCCUAUGGUGGGCAACGAUGGAAGAAAGCUCGAGUCGGCGUCUCCAUUCAUCAAGUCCGCACGCCAUAUGAGUACUAG